AUGGAGCAUGCCAAAACCGAAACUUCAUUCACAGCUAUUCAAGACUCAAUUCUUUCUAUCCAAAAAUAUCAGAGGGAGCAUCUUAGCCACAAAAAGCAGUUUGAGGCUAUUGAAAAGGAAGAUAACAAGCGUCAAAGGCUUGCAUUGCUAGACUGGCUCGCUGCCACGGAUCCAAUACUCGAUCAUGAGACUGCGGUGGCUAUGCGAGCCGAUUAUUCCUCCUCGGGCAAUUGGAUUUUAAAAGAGUGUAAGACAAAAGGGUGGCUUGAUCCGCAGCAGUCAACUACCCCGCUCUUAUGGAUUAAUGGCAUUCCCGGAGCAGGUGGUGCAACAAAUCUACUCUAUUUACGAUUUGUGGACUAA